UAGGAUGGGGUGGAACGGUGCUUGUAUUAUGAUUACGUCAUACAUCGUGACUGAAACAGAUCGGUGUUUCACACACCCAGGCACUAUAUAAUCCCAGCUUCUAGUCGGAGACAUCAAUUGACCAUUCUCUGCAGACUGUCAGGCCCCCAACCUCUGCCAAACUUCACCAUGAAGGUUCUGUGUCUCCUGGUUCUCGUGACUGCUGCCUACGCUGCCCCUAGGGAAUUAGCCGACUUCCAGAAGCGCGUCUUCUUGGACAGCCUGGGCCUUAGCCAUCUCUUUAACCUCGACACCCUGACAUCAACCGUCUGCGGAAUCGUGGCUCUGGGUGGAAGUUCCGACACCGAGACCCAGUGCGAGGGUCUGUGCCACCAGGUGCUGUCAGGUGAAACAGUUGCUGAGAACCUUCUACACAGCGGGUGUCCUCUCCUCUGUAACUCAUUCCAGUAUCUGCUCCACCUCGUCCCGUUUUGUCCCACAGCUGCAUCCAGCUGAACACGUUCCAACAACCAAUAUGAUAUAAAGAUCAGUUCAUAUGAUAAUAAAAUCUUCUAAAAUAUA